AUGAAUAAGGAUGAAAAUACGGAUGCAGUACCUGAACGAGAUGAAACCCUCGCCAAUUUGGCGAGAACAACAAAUGUGUUUUUGCAAACUUUAACGGUUACAUUGAAAGGGCGAGAUAGAAAGCGCCAGGCCCGUGCUAUUAUCGAUUCAGCUUCACAGAGAUCUUAUAUUUUAAAAAGCACUGCAGAUGAAAUGAAAUUUGAGAGUACAUCUAAAGAAAGAUUGAGCCAUUCAUUAUUUGGCGGGUCAUGUACUGAUGUCAUAAACCACGAUGUUUUUACAGUGUUCUUGUCUAAAACGGAUGGAACUUAUCAUUGUAACUUCAAAGCUCUUAGCCAAGAUAUUAUUUGUGGAAGUAUACCACCAGUUGCUAAUGGCGAGUGGAUUCAAGAGCUUAAAGAGAACAAUAUAUCCGUAUGCGACGAUAGUAAUGGACCAAUAGAAAUACUUAUUGGCGCUGACAUUGCAGGCAAGUUGAUGACCGGAGGAUUUAAAUUGCUUACUUCAGGCCUUGCUGCUAUAGAAACAAAACUUGGUUGGACUCUUUUCGGGAAAAAUGGUAUGCGUGAGAUCUCGGACAAUUCCGCACUGCUCGUCACAUCCAUGUUGAAUAAGGAAAUAUUGAUAUCCGAUCUAUGGUCUCUAGAUUCACUUGGAAUUCUAGAUCCAUCAGAGAAGAAAAGUAAACUGGAACUUCAAGAAGAAGCAAGAGAUCAUUUCUUGUCUACUGUAAAGGUGAACGAAGAGGGGCGUUUUCAAGUCAGCUUGCCAUGGCUUGAUAACCAUCUACCGUUAAAAGAUAACUAUGACUUAGCUGUAAAGAGAUUAGCUUCUACAGUAAAACGACUAAAAGCUGAGAAACUUUAUGAUGCUUAUGGAGAAGUUUUUAGUGAAUGGGAACAAGAAGGCAUCAUAGAAGAAGUACCAAAAAGCGAAAUUGAUGUAACAUGCCAUUAUCUACCACAUCGACACGUAGUAAAAGAAAACAGUACUACACGAAUCAGGCCAGUGUUUGAUGCCUCGGCCAAACAAAAAGGAUCCCCUAGUCUCAAUGAUUGUCUAGAAAAAGGUCAGAACCUUAUCGAACUGAUUCCUUCAAUUCUUCAUAGAUUCCGAAUGAACAGAAUAGGAGUUUCUGCAGAUAUACGAAAAGCAUUCUUACAAAUAAGUCUCAACCCUAAGGAUAAAGACUAUCUAAGAUUCUUAUGGUAUAGAACUGAUGGAAAACUGAAGUAUUACAGGCAUUGUAGGGUAGUAUUUGGAGUUACAAGCAGCCCUUUCUUGCUAGUUUCUGUAAUUCACCAUCUUCUAGAAUCCACUUUGAAACAACUAAAUGGAAACCCAAAGUAUAAAGUGGAUAUUAUUGAGCAAUUGAAGAAGAGCUUUUAUGUAGAUAAUUUUGCUUCAGAUACUUUAGCUACAAGAAAGCUAGAAUUACGUGGUUGGGAAUAUAGUGACCCAACAGAUAAUUCCUCUAGUACCACAAAUGUAUUAGGAAUGAUUUGGGAACGAUGUGGAGAUUACCUUUGCCUUAAUAUUACUAACAUCACCUACAGUCUACCAGAAAUUUUGUCUAAAAGAGAGAUUUUAGCUACUACUACACACAAAAUAUUCGACCCUUUAGGAAUAGCUUGCCCCGUAACUCUUGUGCCGAAACUUUUACUUCAGCACCUAUGGGAAGUUAAGUUAUCUUGGGACCAAGAAGUUGAUUCAAAUUCAAAAUCACAAUUUUGUAAAUGGUUGAAUGAUUUGCAGUGUCUGGAAAGAAUGAGAAUACCAAGAUGGUUAAACUGUGAUCGUGAGAUUGAAAAUAUCUCACUUCAUUUCUUCAGUGAUGCGAGUAAACUUGCAUAUUCAGCUGUGGCCUUUGUUCGAGUACAAACAAGAGAUUCGGUUCAAGUUCAUUUGGUGCAAGCUAAAGCGAGAGUUGCACCCAGCGGAAGGAAAAAGACAACAAUAGCUCGAUUGGAACUUCUUGGAGCUACAAUAUGUGCACGUUUAGCAUCCAGCAUAAUACCUGAAUUUCAAGCUGAUGAUAUUUGUUUUUGGACAGAUUCGUCUACUGUGCUAGCUUGGAUACAGAGAAAUGAAGUAUGGGACGUAUUUGUUCACAACAGAAUUAAGGAAAUAAAAUGGUGGGAAGGACCUAAAUGGCUAUAUUUAUCACCUGAAAAAUGGCCAAAAGAAGAUUUUAGUGCUGAUGAAGAAGAAAUAGCUCUUGAGAAAAAGAAAAGGAUUAUUUCGUCCUUAAUAAAUCUUAAUGCUAGUGAAAUAGUUGCUACUAGAUUCUCAAGUUAUCGUAAGACAAUCAGACUGGUAGCGUGGAUGUGUCGUUUUGUUUACAACUGUAAACAUCAAAACAAGAAAAAGGAUGAACUUACUGUAUCUGAGUUAAAUGAAGCAGAGAAUAUCUUGAUUCGUUUAAUACAAAAUGAGUCCUUUAAUGGAAUAGAAGAUAAACGGAUUUUAAGUCUUAAUCCAUUCAUUGAUUGUGGGAUCAUCAGAACUAAAACAGCAAUAUUUCAAAGAGAAGAUACAUCUGAGUUCAGAACUCCUGCUAUUUUGCCAAGUGAUCAUCCUCUUAUAAAAAGUUUAAUAAUGGAAGAACAUAAGUUGAAAGGACAUGUUGGAGUUUCUCACGUCCUAAAUUCCUUAAGAGAAAGAUUUUGGAUAUUAGCUGGAAGAAGAGUUGUGUCAUCCGUUUUGAAAACUUGUAUAACCUAUUUUGCUGGACCUAUAUUUCUAAGCGACUACAAGAAGGCAUGGAUUUGCCUAUUCACUUGCGCAGUGUACCGUUGUGUUCAUUUGGAACUGGUUACAUCCUUAACGACAGAUACAUUUCUACAAGCGUUUCAUCGUUUUUCUGCUAGACGUGGGAAGCCAUCCAUAAUUUAUACUGAUAAUGGAACAAAUUUUGUUGGAGCAUGCAAUGCACUUGCUUCAAUCGAUUUCAAUGAAAUUGCAAAAAAAGGAGCUAAUGAACGUAUUAUUUGGAAGUUCAUUCCCCCAGGCGCUCCAUGGUGGGGUGGCUGGUGGGAACGCCUCAUAGGAAUGAUGAAAAGAAUAUUAAGAAAAGUUCUUGGGAGAGCCUGCCUUAGUUAUGAGGAAAUGUGUACCGUUUUGUGUAACUGUGAAGCUAUCCUAAAUGAUAGACCUUUAACAGUUGUAUCGGCUGAUUCAAGUCUCACUUCCAUAACACCUGGAAAUUUUUUACGAGAAAUACAAAACUAUUCAGUGCCAAUUGUGAAACAUGACUUCAAUUCUAACUUUUAUAAACGUAGAUUGCGUUAUAUCCAAAAUGUUAACCAGGUUUUCAAGAAAAGAUUUCGCCAGGAAUAUCUAGGAACUUUGAAAACAACAAGCAAAAAAUUUGCUAGAAGUUGUAAAUUAAAAGAAGGAGACAUUGUCUUAAUUGGAAGCGAUGACAAAAGGAGAUUAAAUUGGCCUCUUGGUAAAAUCAUACAAUUAUUUCCAGGUACCGACGGUGAAAGUCGACGAGCCAGAAUUAAAGUGCAAAAUGGAGAAGUCAUAAGAGCUGUACAAAAUCUUUAUCCUUUGGAAUUAUCGACUGCCGAGGAACUUCCAUCGAAAUUCAGCGGAAGUCAACGAUGCGAAAAUUUUUCGGUAGAGCAAACUCCAAUUGAGGAUGUACCUGUAGAAACAAAUAGAAUAAUCCAUACCCAUUUAAAAUCGCCCACGAUAACCAAAUCAGGAAGGACAAUUAGAGUUCCUCAUCGAUUGGACUUGUGA